GGUUUCCUGGGAUGGGCAGCCUGCCGUGUCUGUGCUACCUGGCAGCAGCAGUGGCGGUGGCGAUUGGCUCGGAGCGACGGCAGCACCAGGUGCAGCAUGGCCCCUGCCGCUACACUUUUAUCCUGCCAGAGGUGGAGCAGUGCCAGCCUGCGGGAGACUUCCAGGUGACCAACUCCCUCCAGCGGGACUCGCCCUCGGCCCCCGAGUCGCCCCACGCUGAACCCAGCUGGCAGGAAAGGAAGCUGGAGACCCUAGAGAGCGCCACUGAGAACAAUACGCAGUGGCUGCAGAAGCUGGAGAGCUACAUUCAGGAGAAUGUGCGAUCAGAGAUGGAGCGUAAUGUCAUUCACACCCAGACAGCCACCAUGCUGGAGAUCGGAACCAAUCUUCUAAGCCAAUCAGCGGAAAACACGCGCAAACUGACAGAUGUGGAGACGCAGGUGCUGAACCAAACCAGUCGUCUGGAGAUCCAGCUGCUGGAGUACUCUCUGAGCACAAACCGGCUGGAGAAGCAGCUCUUAGAGCAAACUCAGGAGGUCUCCCGUCUCAAUGAUAAAAACAGCUACAUGGAACAGCGCUUUGCAGACAUGGAGGCCAAGCACAGCCGAGAGCUUCAGGCCAUCCAGCAGGAGAAGCAGCAGCUGCUGGAGCUUCUGGACAGACAGAAUGAGUUGGUCAGUCUGCUGGAAGGAGAACUGGCCAGCUCCACUCGUAACAGCACACUGAUCCAGCGACAGCAGGCCUCGCUCACUGACACUGUGCAGCAGCUGCUGGCUAUGGUCACUCACUGUAACGAUAUAUCCACUCCAGUUGAUAAGGAGAUGUUGAAGUUUAGAGACUGUGCUGAGAUAUUCAAAUCUGGAGUGACAGAAAAUGGGAUAUACAGCAUUCAUCUUCCUAAUUCCACCCAGAAAAUUAAGGUAUUCUGUGAUAUGAAAACUAAAGGUGGAGGCUGGACUGUCUUUCAGCAUCGCUAUGAUGGAUCAGUCGAUUUCAACCGUGACUGGAAUGAUUACAAACUGGGAUUUGGAGAUCCGUCAGGAGAACACUGGUUAGGAAAUGAUGUCAUCCACCUGCUCACCACAACAAAAGACUACACGCUUCAGGUUCACCUCAAAGAUGCAGAGGAACACCAGGCUUAUUCUCAGUAUGACACUUUCUACAUUGACGGAGAAGAUAAGAAGUAUAGUCUCCAUGCCAGGGGUUUCAGUGGUACUGCUGGACGCACUAGCAGUCUUACCCACUCGGGGACCCAAUUCAGCACUAAAGAUCAAGACAAUGACCAGUGCAGCUGCAAGUGUGCUCAGAUGGCUACUGGAGGAUGGUGGUUUGAAGCUUGCGGGCCAUCCAAUCUCAACGGGAUAUAUUACUCUGGAAACUCCAACGUGAUACGAUAUAACAGUAUAAAAUGGUACUACUGGAAAGGGCCAAGUUGGAUGGCAACCAUGACCACUAUGAUGAUCCGGCCCGUAGACUUUUAAAAGCAAGAAGAGACUCUCACAACUGGAU